AUGAUUUUUGUAAUACAAAAAAAAUAUGUAAGAAAGGAUGUAGAAUUAUUAACUCGUAAGGGAGUUUAUCCAUAUGACUAUGUUUCAUCACUCGAAAAAUUAUCUGAAACACAUUUACCACCAAAAGGGGAAUUCUAUUCAAAGCUAAAUGAUGAAGAAAUAAGUGAUGAUGAUUACCAACAUGCUAUUAAUGUAUGGAAAACCUUUGAAUGUAAAUCAAUAAGAGAUUAUCAUAAUCUUUACCUAAAGUCUGAUGUCCUACUUCUGUCAGAUGUAUUUGAAAACUUUAGGAAAACUUGCCUCAAACAUUACAAGCUAGAUCCAGCACAUUAUUACACAUCUCCUGGACUAGCUUGGGAUGCAUGUCUCAAAGAGACAGGUCAAAAAUUACAGUUAUUACAUGAUUACGAUAAGUUAAUGAUGUUUGAGCGUGGUAUUCGUGGAGGAAUAUCCCAUAUAUCAAAAAGAUAUGCAGAAGCAAAUAACAAAUAUAUGAAAGAUUAUAAUCCUGAUGUGGAGUCUACUUAUAUUCAAUAUCUUGAUGCAAAUAAUCUAUACUUUUGGGCAAUGACACAACAACUUCCAACACAUGGAUUCAGUUGGAUGAAAAAUAUAACAAUAGAAAAAGUAAUGGACAUCCUAGAUAAGGCAAAUCAUAGUAUGUCAAAUCGUGGGAGAAAAGGAUAUAUUAUAUUUGAAGUUGAUUUGGAAUAUCCUAAAAAGCUAUGGAAAUCACAUAAUGACUAUCCUCUUGCACCUGAGAAGAUGAUUGUUAAUGGUGUUGAAAAACUUAUAUGUCAUUUUAAACCCCGAAAGAACUAUGUUGUACAUUAUUGUAAUCUUAGACAAUAUCUUGAGAUGGGAAUGAGGCUUACUGCUGUUCAUAGAGGAAUAUCAUUUUACCAAUCUUCUUGGAUGGAGCCUUACAUAAGAAAAAAUACAGAACUUCGAAAAACAGCAGCUAACAGUUUUGAGAAAGACUUUUUCAAAUUAAUGAAUAAUUCAGUGUUUGGAAAGACAAUAGAAAACAUAAGGAAAAGACAGAAUAUAAUUCUUAUUGAUGAUCGUAAAAAAGCUGCAAAACUAACGAGUCGACCAAACUUUGAUAGAGCAACAAUAUUUGAUAAAAAUCUUAUUGCAGUUCAUAUGAAAAAAACAGAAGUGUACUUUAAUAAACCAGUAUAUGUUGGUCAAGCAAUUCUAGAUUUAUCAAAAACAUUAAUGUUUGAUUUUCAUUACAAUUAUAUCAAAAAGAAAUAUAGAGACAAAGCUGAGUUAAUGUUUACAGAUACUGACUCACUUUUAUAUCAAAUUCAUACCGAUGAUUUUUAUAAGGAUAUUUCCCAUGAUAUAUUAGAUAAGUUUGACACUUCUGAUUAUCCUUCUGAUCAUCCGUCUGGAAUACCAACAGGAGUAAACAAAAAAGUAAUAGGAAUGUUUAAAGAUGAAGUAGCUGGUAGACAGAUUACAAAAUUUAUUGGUCUUCGGCCAAAGCUUUAUACUUUCAAGAUAGAGGAUGGGAGUUUAACCAAGAAGUGUAAAGGUGUAAAAAAGAGUGUUGUAAAAAAGGGAAUAGAUUUUGAAAAUUAUUUUGAGUGUUUAUUUACCGGUGAAAAGCAAAUGAGAACUAUGAAAAUUAUAAGAAGUGAAAAUCAUGACAUUUACUCAAAGGAAAUAAAUAAAAUAGCUUUGAGUAGUGAAGAUGAUAAAAGACAGGUCUUAGAGGAUAAAGUAGAAACUCUUGCUUUAAGAUAAUAAGAUAAUAAAUAAUAAAUGUCGUAUACAGAAGAUCAAAUAAAAAAAUAUUUAGAAAUAUUACAUAAUUAUAAUAAACCAGUGGAUGUAAGUAGAAAAGCUAAAUGUAGUAAUUGUCAAAACGAUAGUUUUUGUGUUGAAUCAGGUUAUAACAUUUGCGAUUCUUGUGGUACAACUAAUGGCCAUGUUCUUGGUUAUUUUGACUUGAAAGAAUACAAUCGAUUUCAUUUUCGAAAAAAGAGUAUUUAUCAGAGAAAGUAUCACUAUGAGAAAAAGGUUGAUCAAAUUUCCAAAAGACUACAUCUAACUGAUAAUGAAAAGUAUGAACUUUAUAACAAACUAAUGAUAAUAGAUAAUCACGUCAUGGAA